ACCGAACUAUCUCGCACAGUUUUGUCUGUAGACAGACAGUACGGAGUUUGAACAACUGGGUUUUCCGACAAUGUCGUCUCUCGAGGAGAAAAAGAAGAGGAAGAGGAUGACUACAACCAAGAAGAAGAAGUUGCCGUCUGUGCUCCCGCCGAUGCAGCAAUCGACCUCAAACCCUUACCUUCCCGAUGAUUUGCUACUAAGCUGCUUUGCACGCGUCUCGAGACUCUACUAUCCAACUCUCUCACUCGUCUCCAAGACCUUGCCAUCUCUCCUCGCUUCGCCUGAGCUUUACAAGACGCGCUCCUCUAUAGGCCACACCGAGAGUUGUAUCUAUGUGUGCCUACUGCUUCAUCCCGACCCUAUCCCUCGCUGGUACACACUCUGCCAGAAACCUUACCAAACCCUAACCACCAACACUACCAAGAAGUUGAAGAAGAAGAAGAAGUCAAGUGGGUAUGCUUUAGCUAAACUCCCAACUCCCCAUUCUGGUCCCGCGCACUGGUCAGGUUUCGUGACACUUGGUUCAGAUAUCUACAACAUUGGGGGAACCGAGGAGCCCUCGUCUAGCGUCUUGAUCUUUGAGUCCCGGUCCAACACUUGGCGCGAAGGUCCAAGCAUGCUGAUAAAGCGGUGGCACCCAGUGGCCAUUGUCCUUGAUGGAAAGAUAUAUGUAGCAGGAGGAUGCCAAGAUUGCAAUAAAUCAAGUUGGAUGGAGGUGUUCGAUCCGAAAACACAAUCUUGGGAGAUUGUGUCAGGCCCUGGCGCUGAGAUAUGUGGCUGUAAAUAUCUAAGUAAAAGUGCAGGGUUUGAUGGAAAGGUAUACAUAUUUGGAGGCGGUAAUGGUUUGGCUUACAAACCUAAGGAAGGUCGAUGGGAAAGGGUGGGAUGGGAGAUGGAUACGAGUUGGCCAUGGUAUUCUUAUACGGUGAUUGACAACGUGCUCUACCAGUACAAUGGUGGGUUCAAAUGGUAUGACACCAAGGUAGGGCUCUGGAGGGGUUUGAAAGGUGUGAAAGGACUGCCUAAGUUCCCUCGUUAUAUUGCGAGAUUGGCGGAUUAUGGUGGGAAGAUGGCUGUUUUCUGGGACAGGGUUUUGGCUUCCACUGGAUUUAAGGACAAGAUGAUCUUGUGUGCAGUGAUUGCUCUUGAAAGGCGCGACGAUGAAGAGAUUUGGGGCAAGGUGGAAUGGCAUGACACAGUACUUACAGUUUCCAAGUCAUGUAGGAUUGACUAUGCUCUUGCUGCUACCGUUUAAUGAAUUAACAUAUGUGACCGACUUGAAUCUUUCUGUAGUCGUGGGCAAUAGACAUCAUUUCGAUCAUAUAAUCUCUUUUGUGACCUCAGUUAAGAAUUAUCCUAGGUCCCCCAACUUGUGUUGUACCAUCCUCUGAACUUUCUCAUUGAUGAAUAGAGUGGUCAAGUUUUAGAAAAAUAGAUUUUGUUGUUUAAAGUUAAGCUAUCUAUAUUAGUGUCU